GCUCUCAUAACUCUUAUAGAACACUUCCUAAUUAACUCACACACACACACAUAGUUCCAUCAUAAUUCUCUCUCCCUCACAAGAUUCUCACUACCCUUUUGGUACUUUUUGACUAAAUAAAGAAAAGGAAAUCAAUGGAAGAAGGAUCAGGUGGAAAAAGUGAUUAUGAUCAUCAUGUGACAAAAAGUAGUAGUUGUGUUGGUGGAGAGGUGAUGGACGGUUCAGAUAUAAUGGAGUUGGUUGAGAAUGAAAAGGUAUUUAGUAACUUCAUAGACGAUAAGUUUCAUGAUCUGGAUAUUGAUUGUGACGGUCAGCUUUCCGUUAAAGAGUUACAACCUGCUGUUGCUGAUAUCGGUGCUGCCCUUGGUUUGCCUCCUCAAGGCUCUUCCCCUGAUUCUGAUCAUAUUUACGCUGAGGUUCUUAGUGAAUUUACCCAUGGUAAAGACCGCAAAGUGAGCAAGACCGAAUUUAAGAAAGUUCUUUCAGAUUUUCUAAUAGGGAUGGCUGCUGGAUUAAAGAGGGAUCCUAUCGUUAUUCUACGCAUAGAUGGGGAAGACCUACUAGAAUUCAUUCACAGCCCAAGUUUUGAACCAGAGAUGAUAUCCAUAUUCUCAGAGAUUGAUAUUCAGAAUGGAUCUCUUACUGACUAUAUUAACAAGGCUUUUGAGAAAAUUACAGUAGAUAAAGGGAUGCCUCCAGUUUUAGAUUCCUGGGUUACUAGCAAUAUUAUAACACCAGCACUACAGUUGUGUGGUGUUACUCAAGAGCAGCCGGUUUCCCAAGAGACAUUCUUAGUCGAGUUUAGAAAGGUAGCCGAGAUUGUGGCUCAACGUCUCAAGGAGCAGCCUGUUAUUGUUGCCCACAGUGAGAACACCUUUGAUGGAUCUGGCAUCAGGAGACUCUUAUCUAAUAAGUUUGAGCUGGAAAAGAUUCUAGAUACCGCCGUGAAGUCUAUGCCAAAAGAUCAUAAUGGGAGAAUCUCCAAGGAUUGUCUGCGACUAGGGCUCGAUCUUGUGGCUUCUUCAGCAGCAUUGCCACCAUUUGGUGCUGUUUAUCAGAUGGACCAGGUUAUUAGUGAAUCAUGCAAGAUGUUUAAUAUGGAUGAUGGCAAGCUCGUUAAAGAAGACGAGUUCAAGAAGAUGCUGAUGGAACUGCUCGGAAGUAUCAUGCUGCAAUUAGAAGGAAACCCGAUUUCAGUUUCAACAAACUCGGUUGUUCAUGAACCUCUAGCCUCUGCGUCGACACUCUUGCAGCCAUCUUCAAUGUAAUGAAACAACUUAAAACGCUUUAUGUACUACUUCCACUCAAACAUUUAGAAAUAACAUGUUACUUAAGUCUAUGUACUAAUUACAAAUGCUUCUUGUAUAAUGUUGUUUAUCAUGAGAGCCACAGGGGGUAUUGUAAAGUA